CCUUGCUUGUGCUAGCUGCCUCACUUUGCCCACUUGCCUCCCUCCCUCAUUUCGUUCCCUCCUUCCAUUCUUCGGUUACUCUCUGGACUCACUCCCUGUCAAGGCUUAAUUGAGUCCAAGGGAGGGUCAGGUUCCCUUGCCUAGGAGUCCAGAAAUCUUUCAUAGCAAGUCCCAGCAGGCGAGGAAAACCACAGCUGGAAAGGGGGAAAGGAAGAGACAAGUGAGUGAUCCUGUCCAGAAGGGAGAGGGAGCAGCUGGAGAAACAGCUUCCUCAGCAGCGGCAGCAGCAGCAGAGAAAGCAGCAGCAGCAGAGAAAGCAGCAGCAGCAGAGAAAGCAGCAGCAGCAGCGGCGCUGUUCCUGCCCCAACUCCUGUCUCUACAAUCCAAACUGACAGCCUCAUCUCUCUCUCUCUCGCUCUCUCUCUCUUUCUCGCUCUCUGUUGACGACCAACAGCAGCCAGAGAAGUAGAGCGGAGACUCCCAACUCCAAAAUGCAGUCACAACAGCAGCAACAGCAGCAGCAUCGUCGAAAAUUUGCAGCUGCCUUCCUGGCAUUCAUUUUCAUUUUGGCAGCUGUGGACAUUGCUGAAGCUGGCAAGAAAGAGAAACCAGAAAAAAAGGUGAAGAAAUCAGAUUGUGGGGAAUGGCAGUGGAGUGUGUGUGUCCCGACCAGUGGGGAUUGUGGGCUGGGUACCCGAGAGGGCACCCGAACUGGUGCAGAAUGCAAACAAACCAUGAAGACCCAAAGAUGUAAGAUCCCAUGCAACUGGAAGAAACAAUUUGGAGCAGAGUGCAAAUACCAGUUCCAGGCCUGGGAGAGUGAUGCAAAUCACUGCUUGAAGACAAGAACGGGAAACCUGAAGAGAGCUCUUCAUAACGCAGAUUGCCAGAAGACUGUUACCAUCUCCAAACCAUGUGGAAACUUACCAAACCCAAACCACAAGGUAGAUUAUGAUUAUUACGCCAAGAUCGCCAAAUGUGAGGGUGAAGUACAGAUGUGA